ACCUUGGGGAGUGCAGAGGGAACGGACAGCAGGUCGGUAGAGCACUUCUUUGUAAACAUGGCGGAUGAGGAGACGUCAACAGAGCAGCCGAAACUUCAGUUCUGCUCUGAACUACUGAGCCCUUCGGAGCAGUUUGAGGCUCGCUCGCGGAGCCACAAGAUCCCGGUGCGGGGACAGAAACACUUCCUGCCCACGGGCUCGGAGCGGCAGCGCGAGCGUCUGGAACAGAGUCUGCAGGAACACUGGACUCUGGUGGGAGAGGAACGCGUGGAGAGACUGGGUAGUCUGGUAAGAGCUCUAUGGAUCCCAGGUGAAGAUGUGGUGGAGCUGCAAACGCCAGCGGGGAAGUUCUGGCAGACAAUGGGAUACGCUGCUCACGGGAAACAGCGUCUGCUACCGGAGGAGGCACUCUACCUCAUGGAGUGUGGCAACCUGCAGGUGUUCCACCAUGACCUGCCUCUGUCUAUCGAGGAGGGCUACGAGAGGCUCCUGUCCUCGGGCCGUCCGGGACUACUGAGCCUGCACCAGUACCAGGUGUUUGGGCAUCUGAAGAGACUGGGUUAUGUGGUCAACAGAUUCGACCCCAGCACUGUCCAGUCUCGGUACGAGAGGCAGCUCAAUCUGCCACAGAGUCGAGAUCGCCAUGGACACCACCUGAAGAGGAAGCGCAGCCAGAGCCCCGCCCACAGGCAUGCGGGCGAUCAGACGCCUCCCCCCCCAGAGAAACCAGCAGAGGAGGGGGCCGAACCCACCCCCCCCUCCCCCCCAGCCUCCCCCGUCUGUCCAGACCCCCCCCUGAGCCCCCCCCAGGAGAGGAGCCCGGCCCGCGGCCCCCCCCAGGACCAGAGCGCUGGCGCGGGCGCGGGGCAGGGCCUGGUGGGUGGAGGCAGAGAUGGGCGAACCCGACUCGCGGGGGCGGGGGCGGGGGCAGAGGGGGGGCCAGAGUGCCUCCCCCCGCUGGGACUUCAGGAAGAUCCGCUUCCCCGACCUGGGCUCGUCCCCCCGCGCCCCCCACGCCCCCCGCACCCCCCUCUGCCCCCGCCGGACCCCCGCCUGCUGCCCGGGGCGCUGGAGGUGGGAGAGUGCAACGUCGCCCCCUGGCUGCGGCAGCUCAGCCUGCGGGACGAGAGGCUCUCCCGACGCGAGCGCGACAGGCAGAGGCAGCGCAGCCGUUACCAUAGAGACGUCAACGACGACCGCGACGUGCGCCGAUGCAGGAACUGGGCGGAGUACCUGGAGCUGAGGGAGAGGAGGUGGAGUCGGCGUAACCAUGGCGAUAAACCGGCAAACCUGUGGAAUGGCUCUGUCACGCCCCUCUCACAACCAGGACACGCCUCUUCUCAUGGUGAUUUGCUCAACCAGAUUGGCGUGAUUCAGUCGUCACGGUUACUGGACGAUGCAGUCAGUUUGACCAUCCCAUCACAAUGGAAGAUUAGUUUCGAUGUUUACCAGCCCGACACAGUGGCUGACUACAAGAAAAGCAAUCCGGGCAAGCCCUACACACGCAUGUGUGUCUGCAGUUUUGAGGGCCCUGUUCCUGAUCUCCAGGUGGUGAAGAGUCUGUCCUUCCAGAGUGGCGACGUUCCCGUGACGUUUGCAGCGGUCGACCGCGGAGACAUCUCCUUCUACUGCUUUAAGGACAUCCAGCUGCCUGUGGAUGUGUGUCACUGACACACACACACACACACACACACACACACACACACACACACA